AUGGCCGCCGAGUCCAACUACGACUACCUCUUCAAGGUGGUGCUGAUCGGAGACAGCGGCACGGGAAAGUCGAACCUCCUCUCGCGCUUCACCAGGAACGAGUUCAGCCUCGAGAGCAAGUCGACCAUCGGCGUCGAGUUCGCCACCCGCAGCAUCUCGGUCGACGGCAAGACGGUCAAGGCGCAGAUCUGGGAUACCGCCGGCCAGGAGCGAUAUCGCGCCAUCACCUCCGCCUACUACCGUGGCGCUGUCGGAGCGCUCCUUGUCUACGACAUCGCCAAGCACCCCACGUACGUUAACGUGUCGCGGUGGCUCAAGGAGCUGCGGGACCACGCCGACAGCAACAUUGUCAUCAUGCUCGUGGGAAACAAGAGCGAUCUGAGACACCUGCGAGCAGUGCCGACCGACGAGGCCAAGGCGUUUGCAGCGGAGAACAACCUCUCGUUCAUCGAGACUUCGGCGCUCGACGCCUCCAACGUCGAGCAGGCUUUCCAGAACAUCCUGACGGAGAUUUACCGCAUCGUCUCGAACAAGGCGCUGCAGUCGUCGGACGAUGUCAUCAAGCCGUCAGGUGGCGAGACAAUCACUGUUCAGCCCAGCGCAGACGACGGCGGACAGCAGAAGAAGGGCGGAUGCUGCUAG